AUCUCCUACUGUACGGCAGAUAAAACACAGGACAAGGUGUUUGCCUACGUUUCCCAGAUUCAGUUCAACGAGACGCUCGAGUGCCACGCCUUCCUCUGUCACAAGAAGAAGAUCGUAAGUGACAAGUGGGGCACUAGUUCAAAACACUUUUCACUUUCCAUCACUGUUGAUAAGAUUUGAUAAUGAUCCCAGACACAUUUUUUAUUUUUUUUUGCAGACGCUCUUAUCCAGAGCGACUUACAGUUUUUAGUGAGUGCAUACAUUAUUAUUUUAAAAAAUCAUACCCCCCGUGGGAAUCGAACCCACAACCCUGGUGUUGCAAACACCAUGCUCUACCAACUGAGCUACAUCCCUGCCGGCCAUUCCCUCCCCUACCCUGGACGACGCUGGGCCAAUUGUGCGCCGCCCCAUGGGUCUCCCGGUCACGGCCGGCUACGACAGAGCCUGGAUUCGAACCAGGAUCUCUAUACACAUGGCUGAAUAUCAGAAUUAAACACCGAUGAAGUAAAAUGUUAAUUUCUAUUGCUUUUAUAAGGCACCAGGGAAACAUUACACGAGAAGUUACCAAUUAUUAAAAUAGUGUUUCCAAUGCAGAACAAUAUGUAACUCUGUGUUGUUGUUGUUUUUAAUCGCACUGCUUUGCUUUAUCUUGGCCAGGUCGCAGUUGUAAAUGAGAACUUGUUCUCAACUGGCUUACCUGGUUAAAUAAAGGUGAAAUAAAAUACAAAAUAAAAACCUUGUGUUAUACUCUGUGGUUUCCGUGGUUUCCAGGCUCAGGCUGUGACUCUAACGGUCGCCCAGGCCUUCACAGUAGCGCUGGACCUGUGGGAGAUCGUUUAGGAAGGUCAGUAUUAGGGUGAAUGUCAGUACGUUCUCCACCUGAAACGUUGGCACAAAAAAUAAACGGAUACUUUCCAAGCUUGUUUUCUUUGAACUACAAUUUUCUGAGGUCUGACAGUUUUUUUCUUCUCCUUUCAGACAAAAGUCAGAAGGCCAGGAAGUGCUGCUCGUCUUCUGUCAGAGAUGGACAGACAGAGACUACAAACACACACAGUGUCUCAGGUAGGUCAACUUAAUUUGUAGUACUCUUCCUGUAAUGAUCUUGACAUCUAUUGGUCUAUAAACCUUUGCUGCUCAACCCCAGUACUGCAGGGCUCCAGACCUUCAGACGCCCACAAGUAGUUAAGUUAUUUAAGCUCCUCCUCUCUCCUCCGCACCUUCAGGGACCUGGCCUGAUCAGUGCUCUCUCGCUCUCUCGCUCUCUGCGUCGAUAGAUAGUCGCCGUGGCUAGUACGAUUUAAGAGAGAGGCGGCGAGCGGACUCUCUGAGCGAGGGAGAGAGGACGCGAGGGAGAGAGAGAGGAGAGAGCGAGAGUCGAGCGAGAAGAGCUCUAGAGGAGGGCGCAGCUCGGAUCUCUCUCUCUCUCUCUCUCUCUCUCUCUCUCUCUACUCUCUCUCUCAUUCUCUCUCUUCGUCCCUUCUCGACCUACUCUCUCCUCUCUCUCUCUCUCUCAUCUCUCUCUCUCUCAAUUUCAAUUUCAAUGUAAGGGCUUUAUUGGCAUGGGAAAUUGUGUUAACAUUGCCAAAGCAAGUGAAGAAGUGAAGCUAGAUAGUAAAACCAAAAGUGAAAUAAACAAUAACUAUUACAGUAAACAUUACACUCUGAAGUUUCAAAAGAAUAAAGAACAUUUCAAAUGUCAUUCUUAUGUCUAUAUACAGUGUUGUAACAAUGUGCAAAUAGUUAAAGUACAAAUGGGAAAAUAAAUAAACAUAAAUAUGGGUUGUAUUUACAAUGGUGUUUGUUCUUCACUGGUUGCCCUUUUCUUGUGGCAACAGGUUCACAAAUCUUGCUGGCUGUGAUGGCACCACUGUGGUUUUUUCACCCAGUAGAUCGAAGGGAGAGUUUAUCAAAAUUGGGUUUGUUUUACAAAUUCUUGUGGAUCGCUGUAAAUCUGAAGGAAAAUAUAUGUCUCUAAUAUGGUCAUCACAUUUGGCAGGAGGUUAGGAAGUGCAGCUCGGUUUCCACCUCAUUUUGUGGGCAGUGUGCACAUAGCCUGUCUUCUCUUGAGAGCCAGGUCUGCCUACGGCGGGGCCUUUCUUCAAUAGCAAGGCUAUGCUCACUGAGUCUGUACAUAGUCAAAGCUUUUCCUUAAGUUUGGGUCAGUCACAGUGGUCAGCUAUUCUGCCCACUGUGUACUCUCUGUUUAGGGCCAAAUAGCAUUCUAGUUUGCUCUGUUUUUUUGUAAAUUCUUUCAAAUGUGUCAAGUAAUUAUCUUUUUGUUUUUUGAUGAUUGGUUGGGUUAAUUGUGUUGUUGUUGUUGUUGUUGUUGUCCUGGGGCUGUGUGGGGUCUGUUUGUGUUUAUAAAACAGAGCCCAGGGACCAGCUUGCUUAGGGGACUCUUCUCCAGGUUGGAAUUCUCUGUAGGUGAUGGCUUUGUUACGGAAGGUUUGGGAAUCACUUCCUUUAGGGGGUUGUAGAAUUUAACGGCUCUUUUCUGUAUUUUGAUAAUUAGGGGGGGUAUCGGCCCUAAUUCUGCUCUGAUGCAUUAUUUGGUGUUUUACGUUGUAAAAGAGGAUAUGGUUGCAGAAUUUUUUGAGCUCAGCGAAGAGAGAGGAGCGAGAAGAGGAGAGCAGGAAGCGAGAGAGAGAGAGAGAAGACGAGAGAGAGAUGAGAGAAAAAACGAGAGAGACGGAUAACUAUAAGACGAGAGAAACAAGCCGAAGAGAACAAUAGCUAGACCAUCCUUCCCUCUAGCUCUCUCGUAUCUCUCGCCCCUCUCUAGUCUCUCUCCCUCACCCUCUCUCCUCUCUCGAUCGCUCUCUUCUCACCUCAUCUAUCUCUCUCUCUCGCUCUCUCUCUCUCUCUCUCUCUCCCCUCUCUCUCUCUCUCUCUCUCUCCUCUCUCUACUUUUCCUCUCUCUCUCUCUCUCUCUCUCUCUCCUCUCUUCCUUCUUCCCUCUCUUCUCCCCCGUCUCGACUCGCCCACCUCUGAAAAAAUGACGCCAUCUUCUCCUUCCUUCACUUUCCCUCUCUCUCUGUACAAAUCAGAGGAAGCAAACAAACCGCCCGGGAAGCAGACCUGAGACGGCCUUUCAUGUAUAGCCAUCAAUAAACAAAAACCCUAAACGACCAACAAAAUCGUCUCCUGGGUAAGUUGGACUGUUCAAGGCAUUGUUGAUGAGAAGGAUCAUUAUCAUAAUUGAACCCCCUCAACAAUAGUAUACCUCAUGGAUUGAGAUUUGGGACUGCAAGUAUAGUUGAUGAAGGAUGUAGUGGCAAUGGAAUGAACCCCAUAGAAAGGAUGGACCUCCAGUGUAGUUGAGAUGGAAGACCUCCAGUGAGUAGUAUGGAAGCCUCCAGUGUAGUUGAGAUGGAAGACCUCCAGUGUAGUUGAGAUGGAAGACCUCAGUGUAGUUGAGAUGGAGACCUCCAGUGUAGUGAGAUGGAAGACCUCCAGUGUAGUUGAGAUGGAAGACCUCCAGUGUAGUGGAUGGAAGACCUCCAGUGUAGUGAGAUGGAAGACUCCAGGUAGUUGACAUGGAAGACCUCCAGUGUAGUUGAGAUGGAAGACCCCCAGUGUAGUUGAGAUGGAAGACCCCCAGUGUAGUUGACAUGGAAGACCUCCAGUGUAGUUGAGAUGGAAGACCUCCAGUGGUAGUUGAGAUGGAAGACCUCCAGUGUAGUUGACAUGGAAGACCUCCAGUGUAGUUGAGAUGGAAGACUCCAGUGUAGUUGAGAUGGAAGACCUCCAGUGUAGUUGAGAUGGAAGACCUCCAGUGUAGUUGAGAUGGAAGACCUCCAGUGUAGUUGAGAUGGAAGACCUCCAGUGUAGUUGAGAUGGAAGACCUCCAGUGUAGUUGACAUGGAAGACCUCCAGUGUAGUUGAGAUGGAAGACCUCCAGUGUAGUUGAGAUGGAAGACCUCCAGUGUAGUUGAGAUGGAAGACCUCCAGUGUAGUUGAGAUGGAAGACCUCCAGUGUAGUUGAGAUGGAUAUCCUCCUCUGCUGCUAUAGGCUUUAAAUCAUUGUUGAAACUACGGAGCAAUGCUCUUUUUCUUACAUGCUGUAGUGCAAGGGGAUCUUUUUUAAAUCUUCAUAUACCAUAACAUUGUUAAGGGGUAGAGGGCGCCCAUAAGUACUAGUUUACGCUUCACAAAUCCUAAACAUCACGUUAUGAUAUUGUACCCUGUAAGGUGCAUAUUCUACUUCAUUGGUGGGCAACCCUUGCUGGUGUGCCGCAGGUACCGCAGGAUUUUGUCCCAACUAGGCACCACACCUGACCAACUGAGCUAAUUGAUCCGUUCAGUGAUUGGCUAAAUUCAACACACCUGGCCUUCCAUGUUGGUUAAAUGAUAAACAUGAAGUGCCUGCAGCACUCCAGGACCAGGUUUACCAACCCCUUACUCCAAACACAAGAGCAGUUACCAUUAUGCAGCUGUGUUGGCGUAUACUCACCACUAGAUGGCAGCCUUUCCCUGUGAAUGCUACCAUAGACCAAGUCCUGCCUGCUCUAAUGGGUUAAAUACUCCACCUCAUCUGAUGCACGUCUUCUUUUUCUCUACUGAUUGGAAUCUUGGUAAAUCCAUAAAAAAUAUGCACAAUUUGUCAGCUGCCACAAACCAGUAGAAUAUUAUUGACAAACAAAUAUUGAUGUUAAAUAUUGAUAUACAGAUAUAAAUUGAAAACUGUCUGAGCUGGGAUACAUCUAUGCAGCGCUUGGUAAAAAAAGCAUCACUUCAGUAUAUAACUGAAGCUAUAUCGAAGGUAAUGACAAAUUGUUGCUGAUACACUGAGGAGGUGUACGCAAUAGAUACUGGUUUCUACAGUAGUGUAGGUUAUAUCGCCUGCACAUUGAUGCAUACUGCAGUACAGUCUCUUGGUACUGUUUCUAUUCACAGGAAGUGGAGGAUGACCUCGAUGAUGCAUUCUCA